AUGGGCAUCCCAGCAUUGUGGGACACGAUCAAGAAGUACGAAGAAUGUGUUCUACUUGCAGAACUGGCCGAAGCACACCACCGCUCUCAUGGCAAGCCACUUAGAAUCGCCGUCGACGAAGCUGAUUGGCGCUUCAACAACCUUACGCAGCAGCAGGUGUAUACAAUACGUCAGAGCAUCGAGAAAGCCAUGUUCUAUCGCAUUUGCCAUUUUCUUACACUGAACAUUCAACUCAUCUUCGUCUUCGAUGGCCCUGGCCGCCCCUGGAAGAGGGGUAAACGAGGGCAAGGUAAAAUCGACUACGAAGAGCGGCGGCUUCUACAGAGCGUGCUUAACUGUCUUGGUGUACCGUAUCAUGAGGCACCGGGAGAAGCUGAGGCUGAGUGCGCUCGUCUGCAGAUUCUAGGCAUAGUCGAUGCAGUCUGGUCUCAAGACUCUGAUGCGCUCAUGUUUGGUUGCACCUUCUUGUUGAAUGAUUGGCGCGUUGCGAAAGAGGAUAGCAAUAAGGAUCGAUCAAAGGAGAAUACAAAAAAGAGUGGCAAGUACGCUCGUGUAAUACGAACAAAUGAGUUGCGGGAGCUACACGGCCUGGACCGAGAAGGAAUGGUGCUUUUUGCCAUGCUCGUUGGCGGCGACUAUGAUACCAAAGGCCUACCUGGUUGUGGUCCUUCCAUGGCCAUGCAGGCGGUAAAACAUGACCUUGGAAGAAGCCUUUGUGCGUGUCGCAACCAAAGAGACUGCAGUCUCUGGGGGAUAGAGCUGGCUACGUUCCUCCAAACCAGCUAUCGGGGGCGUAGUAUCCCGGUUCCCCCAACAUAUCCCGACUACAAAAUCUUGCACAAAUACAACCAUCCCAAAGUCAACACCGAUCUGGAUUUGCUGAACCGAUCAAGGUUGAAGCUCGACUAUAUCCGUCCCAUACAAGAGCUCGAAUUACUGGAGGUUACGAGCAAGCGCUUCGAUAUCUGGGGCAGACUAUACAUGAACUGGGUCGCCCCGGUCCUUCUUAUGCGAUACCUUGUAGCACGAGACCCUUCACAGCCAAAGGAAAUUGUACACGACAUUCGACUUACUAAGCGAAGAGUCACGAAGGACGAGCCGACGCCAACGCGUAUUUUCGAGCGUAAACUGACUUUCUCACCUUUCGGUGUUUCCGAUCUGUCAAGAACUGAUUUUGAAGACGAUCACCUUGGCUACUGGAACGGAGACUACGAGGUUUUGUUUGAUCCUGAAUACCGCGUAGAAUGCGAGAUACCAGAGUACUGGCUUCGCAAAGUUCUCCCGCGGGAUGUAUUCGAGCCUUCUACCCCGGUGCCAACGCAGGCGCCAAAGCGCAAGCGACAGGUAGAUCAUAAUGAAGAAGGUGCCGCGGCAACAAACUCAACCAAGCUGCGGCACUUAGCCAACGAGGGUCCUCGUGUGUCAUCAAGCGCUCGUUCGCGGAUCUCCACAACGCCUAUGCUUCCGUCAGAACGGUCAGGUAUGUCUGUGUCGCUUUCACAACGGUCCGCUACGCCAUCCACGUCUCAAAACACUCCUAUGUCCAAAGCUACAAAAAAACUUCUCAGCAUGAUUGAGCUUUCUGAAUCUGAAGAUGAGGAAGAUCUUGGUCUACCCCCAACUACUCGUCCGACAAAAUCAUCGCUGGAUGCUUCAAAAAUGUCGCAUAUUGUUGAACUGUCAUUCUCGGAACCAACUACUGACAGAGACCAUUCAAUCUUGUUCGAUGAUGCGUAUGUUGAUAGGAGAGACGAGGAAGACGAAGAACUACAGCUAGCUUUACGCCUCAGUAUGCAAGAUCAGGUCAGAGGCCCAAUACCGCCAGCUAAUAGAGGUGGCUACGGUGACAUCUUCGCGAUGAGGGAAGAAGGCAGAAAUGUAGAAGGCUAUUCAGUGCCCGCCUGGUCGCUUGAUGAGACCAACGUUCCCUCUACACCCACCAGCCCACAACCGUCCAUCCGCCAAGUAAGCAGAAAUUCAACACAGAGAUCUGUUGGUCGUCCAAGAGGCACGCAUGCCAAUUCUAUCAGUCUAAACCCUGUCGAGGUACCUGCCUGGUACUUUGCCCCGCCUUCUACCCAAGACCCUACGACGUCUGCAACGUUACCUCGCAAACCAACUAAGGCAAAUGGCGAUAACACAAACGCAAACGUUCCAUCUUCCAACCAACCUACUUUGUCUGAGAUGCGUGCUGCUCGGCUUCAACGCUUUGAGACAUCUUCCGCCGUUACUACUCAGGAAACAAACAAGCCACAACCCUCACCGGUCGCUACUGGGACAUCCAAACGAAGAGCAUCUCCAUAUAAAGUGCCGGUAGGCAGUGAGUGUAUCGAUCUGACGGAUGAUUAA